GUGCCCCGAUCCCGAUCCCGAUCCUGCAGAAGUUCGAGUGGACGCCAGGGGUCGUGACGUACGGGAACGACGACCGGACCGUGGAGGACGUGGACACGGCUGACGGCUGCGCGGUGCUCUGUCUGCAGGAGACAACCUUCGUCUGCAAGUCUUUCGACUUCAGGUCUAAGGAGAAAGUGUGCAUGUUGAGUAAGGGGAACUCCUACACGGCAGGGGUGGGCCUGCGGCUGGCUCCAGGCGCCGAUCUGUACGAGGUGCUGCCGGAUUACAUCCCGACCGAAGUUCCCACCACAACCGCCAGGCCCACCGCCGCCAAGCCCACGGACCCGACCACGCCUGAAGGAGCGGGGAGGGACGAUCCUAACGCCGGCGGGCUGAAGGACCAGCCUAGCGCCGAGCCCGUCUCAACAACACGGAAGGGCGGCCAUGAUAAAGAUAACCAGGACAAGGAGACAGAAGAAGACGAAGACAUGGCCGACGGAAGGGUCACAAAGGCGAGACGGAAGGACCGCGAGGGGAGGAGGAAGAAGAACAGAGGUAAAGAAGACGGCGAGGAGGGCAACGGCGGGAAAAACGGAAGACGGGGGCGCAAGAGAGGCAGACAGGGUAGGCGAAACGGUGAGAGGAAGAAGAACAGAAGAGGCAAAGGUAGAAAUGGCGGCAACGGGAAAAGAACACCCAAGAAAACGGACAAGGAGUCGGACGUCGGAAACGCAAACGACGUCACCAAGACCAGCGGAUCGACGACUCCGAAAACAACAACCGCUCCUCCUCCCACGACAGACGACCCCGGAGCCAGA